AUGCGAUCCACCGUCUACAAAGCCACGGCGGCCGCCGCCACCACCACUGCCGCCGCCACCACCACCACCACGACGGCGGGGCCGGGCUUGCUGGAGCCGGGCCCGGAGGAAGAGGAGGAGCCGCCGCCGCCGCCUCCCCCUCCGCAGAACGCGAUCCCGGUGCCCGCGCCGGCCGCUGUGGGCGCCAAGGGCCGGGCGGUGGUGCCCGCGGCAGCGCCGGGCCCGCUGCAGCAGCAAGAGGGCGGCGGUGUCGGCUGCUGGGGCGGCCUGGUGCCCUCGCCGUGCCCGGUGGGAAGUACGCGGCAGGCGGGCGUGGGCGAUGCGGCCGGCAGCUCCCGCCCCUCCAAGUGCCAGGCGGUGCUGCCCGGACACGCCGCCGCCGCCAAGGACGGCAAACGUGGCGGCGGCGGCGGCGGCCCCCACUCCGGGCCCGGAAGAACCCCCGCGGCUCAUUCUCCGCCCUCUCCGCUGCCGUCGCCAGCCUCAGCCACGGCCGACCCCGGCCAGCCUCCCCCGGGGACUGCGGCGGGUGGCUCUCCGGCCUCCUCGGAUCUCGGCGGCAAGUGGAAGAGCGGCGGGAGCAGCAGCGGCAGCGCAGGGAGCGGCGGCGGGGGCAGCAGCCUUCGUAAGAGCCCCAUGGGGGCCGGCGGGGGCGCCUCCAGCCAGGCGGCCUGCCUCAAGCAGAUCCUGCUGCUCCAACUGGACCUGAUCGAGCAGCAGCAGCAGCAACUCCAGGCCAAGGAGAAGGAGAUCGAGGAGCUCAAGGCCGAGCGGGACACGCUCCUCGCUCGAAUUGAGCGCAUGGAAAGGAGGAUGCAGCUGGUGAAGAAGGACAGCGAGCGUGAAAAACACAAAAUAUUUCAAGGCUAUGAAACUGAAGAGAAGGUGGAGCCUGAGGCACCAGAGAAGUUGCCUACUGAUUGCCCACCCCAAGAACUCCUGGAGACACCCAAGCCGUUGUCUUUGAAACACUUCCCAUAUGGAAGAAAUGGAAAGGGUCACAAACGAAAAUCUGCAUUUGGAAGCGCGGAGAGGAAAACUCCACUCAAAAAGUUGGUGGCUGAAUUCUCAAAAGUCAAGUGUAAAUCACCAAAGUCUUCUCCAUUGAAAGAAGAACCUGGCAGUUCUUUGACUGAAUCAGUUACUAGGCGUGAACUACGAAGUCAGGAGACUCCAGAGAAAGUCCGCUCUUUGGGAGACACUUUGCUGAAAUCCUUGGCCCCUCUGAAAGGAGCUGGGAGCCAUACAAAGGACAAGAGCUCAUGCAGCGAAACAGAAGACUUGCCAUACCUUUCCACCACUGAAAUGUACUUGUGCCGAUGGCACCAGCCGCCUCCUUCCCCAUUGCGAGAACCUUCUCCCAAGAAGGAGGAGACUGUAGCAAUUCCAUCAUGGAGGGACCACGUGGUAGAGCCCUUAAGAGACCUGAAUCCUUCGGAGCUUUUGGAGAACUUAGACGACAGUGUCUUCUCUAAACGGCAUGCAAAGCUGGAGUUGGAUGAGAAGAGGAGGAAAAGGUGGGAUAUUCAGCGUAUCCGAGAACAAAGAAUUUUGCAGCGACUUCAGCUGAGAAUGUAUAAAAAGAAAGGAAUUCAGGAAUCUGAGCCUGAAGUUACCUCAUUUUUCCCAGAGUCAGAUGAUGUUGAAAGCUUGCUAAUCACCCCUUACUUGCCUGUUGUAGCAUUCGGCCGUCCACUACCAAAAUUAACCCCACAGAACUUUGAACUACCAUGGCUGGAUGAGCGAAGCCGUUGCCGGCUAGAGAUGCAGAAGAAACAGACUCCUCACCGGACAUGCAGAAAAUAGGCAUGUCCUCUAGAGGUAUCUCUGCCUCGGUGAUUGGCCUGUGCUGUUUGCAGCAAACGGCAAAGAACUGUAUAUGUGUCUGUCAACUCAAUCUUUCUCCCCUCGAUCUACAUUCUUGUUCACUAUAGACAUUUUUUAAUGCUUCCGUAUGGUUUUUCUCACCUUCCCACCCAUUAAAACUGUUCAACUGUUUUCCUUUCCCCGCAUCCUUUUGUUUGAUAGACGGUCCUGGAGGUUUGUUGGUGGAACAGAGAGCAAGGGGGGCAGCAUUGGCCAUACAGUGGUUGAGUUCCUUUGGGUUAGCAUUGCUAACCACAUUCUAUUUAGGGCUGUCAGUAACUUUUUUCAUUGUAUGAAGUCCACCUCUGAAAGCAUAUGCACACAAAUCCUAAUAUGUUUGCUUAAAAAUAGCUUACAGACUGAAGCCUUUGCAAACUGGGGAGGGGGCUACAUUGGACUAACACAAAACAAGUCUUCACCCUCUUGCUUCUUUUUUUUAAGAUCCAGGUCUAGAUCAGUAUAUUUCAUUGUGCCUCAUUUGGCUCUUCUCAUGCUGCUGAGGUGGUGUAACUUUUCCAGUUUUUUAAGUCAGCAUAACUAAUUUGGUGCUUGUCUUCUGCUUCUUACAAAAAGGGGGGAGCAUUUAAAAUGUGAUGUCCUGGCAUAGAGAAUGAAGAUUGGAAAGCCUUGACAAUCACGUCACGUGCUGUUGGUUCUCUUGGAAUUGGUUUCCAUCAAUCCCAGUACCCCCUUUCCUUAAGAUUGUUUUAUUUUGUUUUGCCAGUAAGGGCUUUAAUUUUGUUUCCUUCUGCCAAGGGAAGCAGAAGAUAAAUUUGUGGGAUUUUAUUUUCGGACCUCUGUGCAUCAUGCUGGUUUCUUAAAGGAAGUGUUGAGUGGCAGCACUGUCAAAUCUGCUGGCAUGGCACCUGGACACCUCAGGUGGGUGUAUCACGUUGUGAAAGGACACCAAGCAACACCACCAAAAUCAGCCUCCCCUACUGCGUCAAAGGCUUUGCUGCUUGUGUUGGUAUUGGAUGGAACCACUUGGUUGCUUAGCAAUCACCAUGUUCUUCCUUCUCCAGAGGAGGCUGCUGCAAGGAAGGAGAGCAAUAGGAUGAAGUGGUUCAAUCUCAGAAUGCCACUUGAAAAGGGUUGUGUUGCUUCUAGUUGUUUCUUUCCCUACAUGGUCCACUGUGACCUAUUGGCAAUUUUUGUAUGCAUUUACGAAGGUUGAAGUGAGUUAGUGGUGUUACUAUAUUGCCACUCAUAGCUACAGUAAGUUACUCCCACUGGCAAAAAGCAGAUCCCCCUCCCCCAUUUUUGUGUACAAUAAUGAAUUAGGCUAGAGUGUCACACCGUAAACCUUGAUUUCUUUGGAGCUUGGCUGGCAAUUCUGAAAGUAUGAUUCUGGUAAACUUUUAUAGCUAGUCACGCAGUGGUGGCGAACCUUUGGCACUCCAGAUGUUAUGGACUACGAUUCCCAUCAGCCCCUACCAGCAUGGCCAAUUGGCCAUGCUGACAGGGGCUGAUGGGAAUUGUAGUCCAUAACAUCUGGAGUGCCAAAGGUUUGCCAUCACGGACUAGUGGAAUAGGACUCCCACAUGCUCAUCUGUCUGAUUUGUACAACUGUGGAAGCUCUGUGUGCAUUUAUAGAAGAGCAGCAAAACUAACCCUCUCCUUUUCCAUUUCAUUCAGUGCAAAAGUAUGAUACCUCACUUUUCUGGUCUUAGGAAUGUAGUGUUGGACAAUAUCUGCUGUUAAAAAUGCUAAAAACUUAGGAGGAAGUUCAGUCAGCCAUCAAUAUUGUUGUUCUCUCUCAGCUUCCACUUAUUUCCAAUAGCUGCUGCUCCACUUCGGCAUUAUGUUCUCUAGAAAUUCAAACGGAUACUUUAAUGACAGAAGGUAACACAUGCAAGGUGACUACUGUAGAAGAGUCACAAGUAUGACUUAGGCUCUCUUUGCCAAGUAGCCUGUGUUGUUGAGGUUGUGCACAGCGCUUGCUGCUUUAUUUAAUUUGAUUUUAAUUAAGGCUGUAUUUGGGUCUCUUGGUUUUUAGCAUGUAAGCAUGCAUCCUUCUGCCCCCGCCCCGCUGUAAAAAGUCUGGAUGUAUAAAAUAAACGUUAGGUGGAGGUCUCUUGAAGGCAUUAUUGAUUUCAGAGCUUGAUCCUCCUUUCUUCGUCCCCUCAAAUAAGCUAAGGAGUGUUCAAGAACACAUCUUGGAUCUCUUAUCUUGUUUUGGGGGGAGGAAAAUUUACCACAUAGUCCAAAAUAUGACUAUUGAAAGUGCUACAGUCCUGGGUUCCUGAAAAAUAGAAGCAAAUGUUCCCUCUUUGCCAGUUAAUAUGCUGGCUUUCAUGAAGAAUUCCAUGAGAUACUAACACUUGCAUCAGAAAAAGAUGGGUAGGUGUGCAGUAGUUAAGGGGGUUGUACAAAGAGUUUGCAGUGGAAGUUAGCUGGGAGCUGAGGGAAGGAAUAGUCUUUUCUCCCUAUGGGUACAGCACUGUGAAAAACCCUUGCACAUUAGACCUGGGUUUUGGCUUAAAACAAAAUGUUCCUUUCUUUAACCAAGUUUACUGUAGUUCUAAAGGCACCAUCUGUACUCCCUCCCCCCCCCCCUUUGUUUUUCUGCCCUUGACACGUGGUUGUCUGCAAAUGCAUCCUUUUUGAUACCAUUUUAAAUAUGUAAAAUCAGUUGUCUUGUAAAUAUCUUAUAAAGAAAAAGUUUGUAAAUACCAAAUUUGUGGCUGUUAAUGUUUGCCUUUUUAAUUUUUGCUUCAGUUCAUUUAGGUUUAACAGUGUUAACAGGGAGUAUUAAAAGAAAUUCUGCUUGUAUGUUUAAACAAAAUUGGAACAAAUCACUUUUUUUUACAAUAAAAUGAAAAACAUGAA